AUGGCUGCUGCGAGCUCUCCGCUGCUGGCUGCUGACGAUCCAAAGCGUGUCGUCGUUGCCCUGGGCGCCGGAGGCGAGAAGGUUUUCAAGCUCGAUGGCGAGGAGGUAGUGCUGAUGGGAGGCAAUUACGUUUUCAAGACCCAGCCUUACUUCCCGCCACGCGAGGUAGUGAGCGCCAAUGCCAAGCAGAUGUCAGAUGGUGCACGGAGCAUGAGCUACACACCCCCACCAGCAGCUGAUGGGUCCCCUAGAUCAGUGAAGGCAUGCGUCCGCUUGGGCUGUAUGUUGGAGGGCGCGAUGCCCAACAAAGCGGGGUCGGUGGACCCGACUUGGGCCGCCAACCUUGACGCGACCAUCGAAGCAUUCGCCGAGCAAGGGGUCUACGUCUUCUUGGAGGUGCACAUGGAUGCAUUUUCAACGACCAACGGUGGCGAUGGCUUCCCCUGGUGGAUAGGGGAUUACAUGCAAAGCAAUAUCAAGAGCGACAGUGCAAGCGGCCACUGCUGCUGCUUCGGCUCGCCAUCUUACAUCGUCAACCCAGAGAAUCCAAUGACGCUCGUGUUCCCCAGCUGGUUGGCAUGCUGUUGCUGCAUUCGGGGCGUGCAGACCGAGGGUAACAAUCCUUGGGCAGCCUAUGCCAUUGGCACCGGCCUUGGCAAUCCAGCUGCUAUGAAUGUGGGCAAUCUGAGUGUUCGGCUCAACAACAACGACUCGGCCUGGCAAGCAGGCACCCUCACGUGGAUCACCCAGGUGCAUAACUAUGCAGCGCGCUUUUACCAAAGUGCCUCAACGAGCGACCGAGAAGCAAUCUUCGAGCCCUACUGCCAGCACAUUCGCUACCUCUGUCGGAAGUGGGAGCAGCACUGGAACGUGGUGGCUGUGGAGUUGCUAAACGAGCCAGUAUUGGGCGGCUUGCCGAGCCUUCGCCAAUACUUCACCAACCGCCGCAAUCUGUUCGACCUGUAUGCCGGGGUACUGGAGGAGCUGGGGCAAAGCGAGCCGCCCAUCCGCACACCCCUUGCGCUUCAAGAUGGCUUCGGCUCCCUUGCCCGGGCAUCCUGCCUCAUGAAGCUGCUGUCCUGCAUUCCGAUUUCAAGCAAGGCGCAGCAGCAGCUCCGAGAAUGGGGGGAGAAGUGCCAGCUCAUCCUGAGCAUCCACUGGUACCCAGGUCUGGGGUGCCUGUCCCACAACACAACCAUCCUCCCAAAGGCCUUCAUCGCCAUGGCCAAGGAAGAGUCCAGAGAUCUCAUGGCGUCGUCCCCUUUAUGGCUGUCGGAGUUUUAUUUACCUUCCGUGUCCGAAGGGCUGGCUUUUUUUGCCAACGCUGGUCUCCCUGCAAUGACAUACUGGCAGUACGUUGACACGGAGUACACGCAGACCGGCGGAUGGUUCAAGUAUCCUCCUUCAGUUACGCAGUAUGGCGAGCCCAUCACAACCGAUGGAACGGUCAAUGCCGAGGCCUGGGCAGCCUAUGAGAAGACCGUCGCCGACGGCAGCUAUUGGGGUGGCAUGGUUUGCGGCGGUGCUAACGGGCAGAAUGACGUCCUCUCCAAGGUGAAAUGA